UGCAAGUGCAUUCGUGGCAAUGGUAUCAAAACCGGGAUUGCAUCUCCGAUGAGAGGAGAUCUGUGUUACAGGUGGCACUAGUUUUGAAUUUAAAAACAGAGACGCCGAGUUUCACAAGGACUUCUAACUUAAAAGACAACACAGCUUCCUGCCGUGGAAUUGCUGGGUAUGGCGAAUACACAGAGCAGAGGAUAAACUGGAAGAAAAUAGAAACAAGACUUUAUUAAGGUAGUACGCCAUUGACUCUAUACAAUCCAGUUCAAUGCAUCGGAUGACAAGUGUGAACUGAUUAACUGCGUAUGACGAAGUCAAGACUGUUUCGAGAAAAUACAAAAACAAGUGCUAUGAAGACAUUCAACAAAAAACAGGUAAAAUAAACAAACAAAUAAAUAAGUACAUCUAACAUCAAUGCACAGAAAGUGCUGUUCCUGUGCGGUUCUGAUUGCAGUAUAAGCAAAGGAUUCUAACUGUAUUUUGCUGAAGAAGAAAGUUUUCUUUAAGCACGAGCAAUCAUGGCAUCAGAAGGGACAAGCGGUCUUGCUAAAUCUGCUGCAGAGAAAUUGUCAGAGAUGGGUGAAAGAACUAAACAGUUAGGCACUGUUAUGCAGGACCCCCAAAGACAGAAAAGACUUAUUUUGUUCAUUGUCUGCAUUGCUCUCUUGUUGGACAAUAUGCUUUAUAUGGUCAUUGUGCCCAUUAUACCUGAUUAUCUUGCUUAUCUAGAAGGUGAUACUAAUCCAGACCAAGACCCUGCAGGUAUUAACUCCAGUUCUUUUUCUAACAUAACAAGUGAUGAUAAAACUACCACAGAAAAUUUAGAUUUACAAAUAGGAGUCCUCUUUGCAUCGAAAGCCAUCUUACAACUGCUUGUUAACCCCUUAAGCGGAACAUUCAUAGACAAAGUUGGGUACGAUAUUCCACUUUUUAUAGGACUUAUAAUCAUUUUUUUUUCUACUUGUAUAUUUGCCUUUGCUGCAAACUAUGCUACCUUGUUCGCAGCCAGAAGUCUCCAGGGGCUUGGGUCAGCCUUUGCCGACACAGCUGGAAUUGCCAUGAUUGCUGAUACAUACACCGAAGAGUCCGAAAGAAGUAAAGCCCUGGGUAUAGCUUUGGCAUUCAUUUCAUUCGGGAGCCUGGUGGCGCCCCCAUUUGGUGGCAUUUUGUACGAAUUCGUGGGGAAAAGAGUCCCAUUCCUAGUGCUUGCGUUCAUCGCACUAAUGGAUGGCAUCUUGCUAUUGGUUUUCAUAAAACCGUUUACAAACAGAACUAGAGAGAACAUGCCAGUGGGCACCCCUAUUUACAAACUCAUGAUAGACCCCUACAUUGCUGUUGUGGCUGGAGCGCUAACUGUUUGCAACAUCCCACUAGCUUUCUUGGAACCCACAAUAGCCAACUGGAUGGAAACGACCAUGGGUGCCACAAAAUGGGAGAUGGGGCUAACCUGGUUGCCUGCCUUCUUUCCUCAUGUCCUGGGUGUUUAUAUCACGGUAAAACUAGCUGCAGAAUAUCCCAACUACCAAUGGUUUUAUGGGGCGAUAGGUAUGGUGAUUAUAGGUGCAAGCUCGUGUACUGUACCAGCCUGCAGGAACUUUGGAGAACUAAUUGCCCCUCUGUGUGGCAUAUGCUUUGGAAUAGCCCUGGUGGACACUGCCCUUUUACCCACUCUUGCCUUCUUAGUAGAUGUACGUCAUGUCUCUGUAUAUGGCAGUGUCUAUGCUAUUGCAGAUAUUUCUUAUUGUGUUGCCUAUGCCUUGGGACCCAUAGUGGCUGGUCAAAUUGUACACACACAUGGCUUUGUGCAGUUAAACCUGGGCAUGGGCCUUGUCAAUGUACUUUAUGCACCUGCCCUCCUUUUCCUCAGAAAUGUGUGCCAAAUUAAACCCUCUUACUCUGAGAGGAACAUCCUUUUGGAAGAGGGACAUACAGGGCUGUAUGAUGCCAUCAAGAUGGAAGAGCGAAAUGCCAAGAAAAGGGGUUUUGCCACAUCUGGUGGUCAGAAUGAAAUGGGCAAUUUUAAGAGACAGUCCAUUUCAGAGGAGGAUUUAUCAGGAGCCGAAUAUAGUUAAAGGGAGUUGAAAUACAAACAUCAUUUAUUCUCACUGUUGGAACAGUAUUUGCCAUAUGUUAUGUACCAAUGUUCAAUAUUAACCUAACUUUAUUUUGUUGUGUAACUAGUUUCUUCCAAGUUUAUUUUAUGUUAUUCUUGAAAACUCUGUAGAACAACAAUGAAGACAAAUUGUCAUAUUUGAGUAAGUCUGUAGUAAAAAGUUAGUUCAUCAACGUUUAAUUUGAGUAUUGUGCAAAGCUGAUUAUAAAGUCAAAGAUGUGUACGUAAAUACUAUUGUAUAUCAUUGUAAUAUAUAAAUAAAGUAAAUCAAUAUCAGUAUGUGUUCCAAAAAAUAUAUACGUGCAUAUUCAGGGACCUAAAAUAAAAUACUGUAAAUAAUAAGAGUGUCAUAUGAUUUCAUAUUUUGAAAAUGGCUUAUUGUUUUUCUUUUUUCUUUCCAGGAAUGAAUUAUGCUCUGUAACCAGCUUGCCUGAUAUGUGCUGCUAUUUAGAAAAAUGCAAUAUGUCACAUUAAUAUUUGAAUCGUCAAGGAUUACUUACCUUAAUAAAUUAAAUGCGAAGUGUCA